UUUCCCAAUCCCAACAUUGACGGUGCUAUUUCGAGAAACUUCCAGCCCCCUUUCCCACACGUCACCGUGCGGAAUCUUUAAAGGAUCCGUUGACUGUAUAACAUGGCACAGUAUAAAGGAUCAAGGAGUUUGAGCAGCAUGAAGACACAGUCACCAAUGGUAGAUAUGGCCAAUAACAACGACCCUCUACCCCCAGGAUGGGAAAUUAAAAUUGACCCACAGACAGGAUGGCCUUUUUUUGUGGAUCACAUUAAUCGCACAACAAGCUGGAAUGACCCCAGACACGAUGUCAAAAAGGUCAGCCAGUUGUCUCAAAAUGGCCCAAGUGUGCCACCAGAGCCGAGUCCUCAGGAGAUGCAGAAGGCCUUUGUGAAGGACAUGAAGCACCCCACCCUCCGCCAGGGUUACAUCCCAAUCCCAGUCUGCCAUGAAGGCGCAGACCUCCGUCAGCAACACCCGUGUUUCUCCUACAUCCAGCCGACUGCUCUGCAAAAUAUACGGGCAGAAGGGCGGACACCCUCCCCCACCCCGACGCUCCACUGCAGGCCUAGAUCUCCUUUGCAGGGUUCCUCCGAGAGCUCUACUCCUGAACCCUGCAUGUCCUGUUCGCCUAGUUUACAAGGACCUGAGGGCCAUCCCCUCCACCAGCCCCCGCGACCCAGCAGCACAGGCCUCCAGGCAGGUUACAUCCCCAUCCCAGUGAUCCACGAGAGGGCCGGAGGUCACCCACAACAAGCCCCUGUCAAUCCCGCUCUCUACACCCAGCGCUUUCCGGCUUACUCAGAGCACCAGCCCUCCUUCCACCGACUGCAGCCAGAGGACUGGAGCAGUCAUCAUGGAGCCACACCCUCUUCCCGGGAGCGAGCAUCCCCGUCCCCGAGCGUGCCUCCCCAGCACCGCGAGACUGCCGCCAUCCAUAUCCCACCGCAUAUAAGGAGCCAGUCUCCCCUCAGAGCACAGGUCAUUACAGAGAGACCACAGGUCCAGGUCCACCACCAUGUGCCACAGAGAGAAUCACCCCACAGAAUGGAGCAGGAGCAGGAGAUCUCUCAGUAUCCCCAAGCAGCGCAGAGAGAGGCUGACUCACAGCAGCGUCAACAGCCACAGAUCUCACAGCAACCACAGCAGCCACCACAACAGUACCAAGGACCACAACAACCACAGCAGCAACAACAUUAUCAACAACAGCCACUACAAUACCAACAACCACAACAACAGCCACAGCAGCCACAACUCCCACAGCAGCCACAACAGUACCAACAGCCAAAACAACCACAACAAUACCAACAACCUGAACAGUACCAAAAAUCACAACAAUCACAGCAGCCACAGCAGUACCAACAACCUGAAGAGUACCAACAGCCACAACAGUACCAACAGUCACAACAGUACCAACAACCUGAACAGUACCAACAACCUGAACAGUACCAACAACCACAACAGUACCAACAACCACAACAGUACCAACAGCCACAGCAAUACCAACAACCUGAACAGUACCAAAAACCACCACAACAGUACCAACAGCCACAACAAUACCAACAACCUGAACAGUACCAACAACCACAGCUGUAUCAACAACCACAACAGUCCCAGCAACAACCACAACCUCCACAACAACCCCAGCCACAGCCGCAACUGCAGCCACAACAGACAGCAAACAUCACAGUCCAGAUGUCGCCGAAACCAGAAGCCCAGGAGCCAGUGGCUGUUCCUGCUCCACAGGAGGACUUGACCCCAAAAUCAGAAAAUGAGCCUGCCGCUCAGUGUCACCCAGGCUUGGCUAAAGUGCAAAAGAUAGAGGAGAGAGUGGCAAAACUGGAGCAAGAGGUGAAAUGCUUUGAUGGGAAGAAGAAUGAUAAGAGGUACUUGCUGCUGGAAGAGCUGUUGACCAAAGAGCUUUUGGCACUGGACUCAGUGGACCCAGAGGGACGUGUGGACGUGCGACAGGCGCGACGUGACGGAGUCCGGAGGGUCCAAACCACACUGGAUGCACUGGAGAUGCUGGAUGAGCGGCCAUCGGGCUCAGUCAAUGAGUCCCCGAUGGAGGGUGACAGCCCGCCACAGAAAGUAGAGCAGCCCAGCAUGAUCAGCCAAGCGAAUGUGGAAAUGGCCAGAGAGAUCUCAUAAUGACUCCAUAGUUUUAUUAUAGUGAAGAGGAGAGAAAUGUAAUCAAAGAUACCGUGGAAAUGGGCUGCUCUCAAUGCUCCCUAUACCCGCCUUUCAACUGCAGAUAUCACAUAUGAACUAUACGAUGCAUGUAUUACUUAAUUUACAGUGUUGGUAUUGUCUGGCAUUCACCACAUUCUAUAUGUGAUGGUGGUAUCCGAGUGCAUCAUGUAUUCAAUGAUGUUAAGCCAUUGUUGUUGCCUUUUGCUGUGCCAAUGUCUUUUUGCAAGACCAUUUUCAUGAUCAAUGUGUUAAAGAGACAUGCAUAAUAGAGGUUAUAUAAGAGGCCUUUAUCCAUCCAUAUAUAUAUAUAUAUAUAUAAGACUAAAAUGUACCUGUAUGUAGUUAAUUUCGGGUCAUGUGAUGUGGUUGUUUUUAAAGUUAUUCAAUACAUAUUCAAUAAGAAGAACACUGGUAUGUAGAGUAGUAGACAACUUCUCUAUAAGAAAGGGCUUCUGUGGAAAUUGUAAGAGAUGUUUAAUAUUUCCCUCUUUUAUUUUGAAUCCACUACUUCGAGAAACAAUAUUUACCUCAGAUUCCGUCAGAAGAAAUGGGACAAAUCAAUGUUAGUAAAUGUUAAUGACUCAGUCAUAGAAAAGUGUUUAUUUUUGUGCCUCAGAUGACAGAGCUAUUUGAGAGAAAAAUCGUAUUUUUUUCUCUAAAAAAAAAAAUAAAAACCAAGUUAUUUCACACACAUACCUAACAAUUGAUAUGGUUCAUUUGGGUUUCAUUAGUUUCAGCCUGUAGGUGCAUUGCCUGUUUUGCUGUCUUGGGCCUGCAUAAGAAAUCUUCCCCUUUAUCUUUUCCCCUUAAAGUUUCCUUAACUUUAAGUCAGUUGCAUAAAACAUUUUAAGGUGAAUUUCCCCCUUAAAUAAAGUGAAAAACUUAAGGGUGCCCAUGAGUUCCCUUGUGCUUAAUUUACUAUGGAUAUCAUAUCAAUGUACACAGCAAAUGUGGAGGUCAAUGUUGCUUUCCUCUGCCCUGGUUGCAAAAAGAAAACAUCAACCAGCUAGCUAGGUGUAUACAGUGCAUUCGGAAAGUAAUCACACCCCUUGACUUUUUCCACCUUUUGUUUUACAUUAAACAUUUAAUUUAAAAAGUAUUCAUAACCUUCGCUAUGAAACUCCAAAUUUAGCUCAGGUGAAUCCUGUUACCAUUGAUAAUCCUUGAGAUGUUUCUCCAGCUUGAUUGGAGUCCACCUAUGGUAAAUUCAAUUGGUUGGACAUGAUUUGGAAAGGCACACACCUGUCUAUAUAAGGUCCCACAGUUGACAGUGCAUGUCAGAGCAAAAACCAAGCCAUGAGGUCGAAGUUAUUGUCUGUAGAGCUCCGAGACAGGAUUAUGUCGGGGCACAGAUCUGGGGAAGGGAACAUUGAAGGUCUCCAAGAACACAGUGGCCUCCAUCAUUCUUAAAUGGAAGAAGUUUGGAACCACCGAGACUGUUCCUAGAGCUGGCCAAACUGAGCAAUCGGGGGAGAAGGGCCUUGGUCAGGAAGGUGAAAAAGAACCUGAUGGUCACUCUGACAGAGUUCCUCUGUGGAGAUGGGAGAACCUUCCAGAAGGACAACCAUCUCUGCAGCAGGUGUGCCAAGCUUGUAGAGUCAUAACCAAGAAGACUCGAGGCUGUAAUCACUGCCAAAGGUGCUUCAACAAAGUACUGAGUAAAGAAUACUUAUGAAACUGAUAUUUCCUGUUUAUUUUUAUUUUUAUAAAUGUGCAAAAAUGGCUAAAAACAUGUUUUUGCUUUGUCAUUAUGGGGUAUUGUGUGUAGAUUGAGGGAAACAACAAUUGAAUCAAUUUUAGAAUAAGGCUGUAAUGUUACAAAAUGUGGAAAAAGUCAAGGGGUCUGAAUACUUUCCCGAGUGCACUGUAGAUAGCUAGCUACUUAGCUAAACAAUGGAAGGUGCACAAUCCAUGGCUACAAAGAUAGCUGGCUAGCUAGCUUUAAAAAAAUGUUAACCUUUAACUAGGCAAGCCAGUUAAGAACAAGUUCUUAUUUACAAUGACGGCAUACCCAGGCCAAACCCUAACCUGGGCAACGCUGGGCCAAUUGUGCACCGCUCUAUGGCUAGCUAGCUACCUACUCUGUAAGUUGGCUUGAUGUGCAAGAAAGUAAUAGAAACUUGCUUAUCUGAAUCAAUUUGUUUCUCCGGUCUUGAAUGUAGAAGUUCUAUUUUGCUAUCUCUCAAAACAAAUGUGAUCUCUUUGCCUAAUGUUCAGUCAAUGAAUCAGGUCAUAUCCCUGGUAACCAGAGACUCUUUCUGUCAUACAUGCCUUCAAACUACUGUAAAUCCCCUUAAGUAUGCACUUACCUAAGGAAAACGUUUGAGGGGCUCUAUGCCAUGCCCAAACAGUUCCCUUAGGUAAGGGGACAUUUAAGGUAAAUCCUCAUGAGAAACACUUCAAGUGUAUUAUGCACGCAGGCCCUGGCACUUAUUUCACCAUUAUAAUAGGCCUAUAUUUACAUUUUAUGAAAGGAUCUUGAUAUGUGACAUACAACAAUUCCAUCCAUUGACCUUUGAUUCAAGUCUAUGGUGUAACAUUUGACAUUUCUAGAUUGUUUGAAGAAUUGUUCAUUUGUAAGUUCACUUGCAAUGUCAUCCAAAUAUCAUUCAUAUAUUUUAUUUAAAGAGAGGAAUGAUUAAUUCAAGAGUACAUUGAGAAAUUUUGGAUGUGAGCUGACUCAUCUCACAUGCCAUGUGAGACUAUCAGCAUCAAAUGCUAAUCAAGAAUAACAAUUCAAGGGUCAAUGUGUCAAUGUAAAAGUAUGCAUUUUUUAUCACAGCUUGUGCUUUGGAGUGUUGACAGCUUGGAGUCACGUUGGCAUGGUUGCAAAUAAAAUGUAUUAUUUUGAAA